AUGCCUGAAUCCCAAAACCAGGGUCCCGUUGAGGACAAGGAGAACCUUCAACCUCAAGGUGACGGUCAAGGCGAAGGCGCCCACUGGGCAUCAAAGCCUGAAAGCUACGGCAACGCCGCAGGCGAGAAGAUUGAAGAGACGCUUGCACCGGUGAGCAAGUACACCGGCAAAGGCCUCGAGACGCUUGGAAGACCUAUCGGUGGCCUUGUCGAGCCUCUUGUCGGCGGCGUUAUGAAAGGCGGCAAGGCCUGGGGCGAAGAGACAGGUGUCGGAUAUGGAAACGCAGAAGGCGGUCCCGCGAAAGCCGCCGAGGCUGAAGGACAAAGAAUGAAAGAGCCGUUUGGUGGGAAGGAACAGAAUGCUGAGAACCCGCUUGGUCUAUGA